AUGCUUCCCUCUCAGUUGAACGGCUCGCCGAAACGCGCCAGCCUCUUUGCGCGUCCAUCAGCGUCACAGACAUCCCAAUCACAAUUAACGAGGCCUAAAUCUGCCAUUAUCACAUCUUCUAACGGAUUGGAAUCAACAAGAGGUCACCUGCGGAAUUCAUCCGUCUCACAGCUGUCGCCAACCUUGUCUUCAGCUGGAAACCGCGAAAGAUCAAAUUCGGCGAAGAACAGUCCGUCCUCCGGAACAUUUGCCCCAAGCUUUAUCAAGUCCGAGGAGUUACGUCGUGGGGCAGAUCAAAUCCGUGGGAUCGAAGGAGACAAUGAUUUCUCGGGAAACAAAUAUGUGUGGCUACGAGACAAUGAGAAGGCUUUCGUCCGGGGCCUGGUACUAGAGGAAUUGGAUGGAGGCCGCAUGUUGGUGCAGAGCGACGAUGGCGAACAACGUGAGGUGGACGCGGACCAGGUUGACAAAGUUAACCCAGCCAAGUUUGACAAGGCAGAUGAUAUGGCGGAACUCACCCAUCUGAACGAGGCCUCGGUGGUCCAUAACCUUCACACCAGGUAUCAGUCAGAUUUGAUCUAUACCUACUCUGGGCUUUUUCUCGUAACAAUUAACCCGUAUUGUCCACUGCCUAUCUACACCAAUGAAUACGUGAAGAUGUACAAGGGCCGUGGGAGAGAGGAGACCAGACCCCACAUCUUCGCCAUGGCGGAUGAGGCUUUCCGAAAUCUCGUUGAGGAGGGCGAAAAUCAAAGUAUCUUGGUAACUGGAGAAUCUGGUGCUGGUAAGACAGAGAACACGAAGAAGGUCAUCCAAUACCUCGCAGCUGUUGCCACCUCCGACACACCUUAUGCUCGAUCCGGAGCGAAACAAAUCACUGGUCUUGCGCAACAAAUCCUACGAGCCAAUCCCAUUCUCGAAGCCUUUGGAAACGCUCAAACCGUCAGGAACAACAACUCGUCUCGAUUCGGAAAGUUCAUUCGCAUUGAGUUCUCUCGAUCGGGUCAGAUUGCUGGAGCAUGGAUUAAUUGGUACCUGCUUGAGAAAUCGAGAGUGGUGAAGCCGAAUUCCAACGAACGAAACUACCACGUUUUUUAUCAGCUUCUACAAGGUGCAGAUCGCAAAACCCGCGAGAAGCUCCUGCUCUCGGACCUCCAGAUUGAAGAUUUUGCCUACACAAGAGAAGGGAAUGACUCGAUCGUAGGUGUAUCUGACCAAGAGGAAUGGAACUCAUUGGUCGAGGCUUUCCACGUGAUGAACUUCUCCGAAGAGGAUCAGCUUUGUAUCUUGCAAACAAUCGCUGCUGUGUUGCAUUUGGGCAAUGUCAGUGUUGCCAAAGCGAGUGUACGUGCAGACCAAGCGGCCUUGGCGCCCGAGGGCUAUUCAAGCGUGGAAAAGGCCUGCCAGCUUCUCGGCAUUGAGGCAGAACCCUUUGUCAAAGGCCUACUUCACCCACGGGUCAAGGCAGGCCGUGAAUGGGUUGAAAAGGUCCAGACGCCUGAACAGGUCCGUAUGGCCCUAGAUGCCUUGGCCAAGGGUAUCUACGAGCGCGGGUUUGGAGACCUCGUCGCUCGAAUCAACAACCAGCUUGGUCGCUCGAUGGCCGGUGAAGACAACUACUUCAUUGGAGUCCUUGAUAUUGCUGGUUUUGAAAUCUUCGACAAUAACGGCUUCGAGCAGCUUUGCAUCAACUAUACGAACGAGAAGCUGCAGCAAUUCUUCAACCACCACAUGUUCGUCCUGGAACAAGAGGAGUACGCCAGAGAGCAAAUCGAGUGGCAGUUCAUCGACUUCGGAAAAGACCUGCAGCCGACAAUUGAUUUGAUCGAGCUGUCCAAUCCCAUUGGUAUCUUCUCUUGUCUCGAUGAAGACUGUGUCAUGCCCAAAGCCACAGAUAAAUCGUUCACCGAGAAGCUCCAUGGUCUGUGGGAUCGAAAGACGCCCAAGUACCGUGCAUCUCGUCUCAACCAAGGAUUCAUUUUGACUCAUUAUGCUGCUGAAGUUGAGUACUCGACGAACGACUGGCUUGAGAAGAACAAGGAUCCCCUCAAUGACAACAUCACUCGCCUCUUAGCCACCUCCAAUGAGCCACACGUCGCGAAUCUCUUCUCCGACUGUGCAGACUCGGAGGAAGAUGGUAGCAACCACCCUCGAAGCCGCGUGAAGAAGGGUCUAUUCCGGACAGCUGCUCAAAGACACAAGGAACAGCUGUCUAACUUGAUGGCUAAGCUCCACUCCACUCACCCACAUUUCGUCCGUUGUAUUCUUCCGAAUCACAAGAAGCGACCAAAGAUGUUGCAUGCUCCGCUGGUGUUGGACCAGUUACGAUGCAACGGUGUUCUGGAAGGCAUUCGAAUUGCCCGUACUGGAUUCCCCAAUCGUUUGCACUUUGCGGAAUUCCGACAACGGUACGAAGUCCUUUGUCAAGAUAUACCGAAAGGAUAUCUGGAGGGACAGAGUGCCGCCCGCAUGAUGCUGGAGAAGCUUGGCAUGGAUCGGGCUUGGUAUCGUAUUGGUCGGACGAAGGUGUUCUUCCGGGCUGGUGUCCUCGCUGACUUGGAAGAGAAACGUGACCAACUCAUCCGCACCAUCAUGACGCGGUUCCAGUCCGUCGCUCGGGGAUUCGUGCAGCGACGCAUUUCGAACAAACGAUUGUAUCGUGCCGAGGCCACUCGCAUCAUCCAGCAAAACUUCCAUGCCUACCUUGAAUUGAAGGGAAGCCCUUGGUGGCGCAUGUUCUCAAGAAUGAAGCCCCUAUUAGGUGAUACGAGGAAUGCAAAGGAAGUCAAAAAGCGAGACGACAAGAUCCAGGAACUCGAAGCCAAGAUGAAACAAGAUCUCGCUGGCCGCCAGAAGCUGGAUGAAGAAAGACGUCGGACCGAGCUUGAAAUCCAGAAAAUCCAGCAAACCUUGGAAAGUGAGCGUGCACUCGCACUGGAUAAGGAGGAGAUAUUCAAGCGUCUGCAAGAUCGCGAAGGAGAACUUGCCGAAAAACUUGCUGGUGCGAUCGCCGACCAGGAAAGUCUCGAAGAGCAACUAGACGAAAUCGUUGAUGCAAAGAAGAAGACCGACGAGGAGCUGCAACUUCGAAUCACACAGUUGGAGCAGGCAGGACUGAUCAUCCAAACACUCGAGUCUGAGAAGAACAACUUGCAAUCUCGACUGGAGGAAUUAGAUGGCAAACUUUCCGAAACCGAAACCCAGUUUUCAGGAAAGAAUGAUCAGAUCCAAGGAUUAGACCAGGAGAUCAAGAUGCUUCAAAGUCAUCUGAGCUUGAAAGACCGCAAACUGCAAGACCUGGAAGCCAAAUUAUUGAAGACCGAUCAAGACCUCGAGGUCAAGUUCGCAACUACCUCCAAAGAACUCGAAAAGUCCCAAAAGCAAGUUCGUGAUAUGUCAGAGGAAAAUCGAUCUAUUCGUGAACAGAUUGCCGAACUAUCAACAACUUCUACCGGAUAUGAAGAUCUUCUCCGCCGCAAGGAGAGCGAGGUGGCCGUUCUUCGAAACGAUGUGAAGAAGCACGAAGAGGAAAAGAAGAGCAUCGAAUCCGAGAAGGCUUCUCUGUCAACGCGUCACGACAACAUGCAAGGUCGUCUUCGGGAGGUGCAAGCCGAAAGAGAUGCCAUGCGCUCCGAAAAGACCCAGCUUCAGCGCGAGGCCGCCGAUCUAAAACGCUUGCUCGAUGACAAGCGAUCAGAAGAUGCCGAGGCUGGACAGAGCAGGAAGCUGCUGGAGGAACAGGUACACGAUCUCAAGGGUCAGCUCUUCCGGGCUCAAGCCGAUCUCAGUCGCGAACGCCAAUCACGAGACGACGUCCAGAUGCUCUCUGAGCACAACCUUAAACAGUUGACCCACAAGUACGACGAGCUCAACGAAUCCAAAAUCACCAUUGAAAAGGAGAUGUACAUUCAGCAAGACAGUCUACGUCGAGCCACUGAAGCAAGGAUCGCUGCGGAGACGACACGGAAAGAAUUGCAAGGGGAAUUGAUCAAGCUUCGUGAGAGAUUCACCGACGCUGAAACUGCCCGCAUGAAUGCCGAGGCCGAGAUUGAGCGCAAGAUCAUGAAACAGGCCGAAGAGCGUAUGACGAGCUCGCGCAAGGACCUCGAGGAAAAGGCACGCCAGCUUGAGGAAGUAGAGUCAGAGCGGUCUCAGCUCUCGGUCCAAAUUCAAGAGCUCAUGCAAACAAUAUCAGAAUCCGACAACUUCCGCCUCCGUCAUGACCAACACAAGGAGCGUCUAGAGCGAGAGCUCGUGACCCUUCGGGGCAGACUGACCGCGUCUGAGAAUGAUAACAGAUCUCUUUUGACUAAGAUCCAGCAAAAGAACCUCGACAUCGCCCGGUCAAACUCGAAGGCCAGCGAUAGCAACAGACUCCGGUUGACAAAUCUGCAAAAGGAGAAGGCCAGGUUGGAAGAAGAAACCAAGAAAUUGAGUCGCCAGCUGGAAGAGUCUCAGGUCAUGAUCACAUCUAUGGAAAAGCAGAAGGAGAAGUUGUCGUUGAGCCUGGAGGAUCUUAACCAUGAGGUCAACCGCGAGCACAAGACCAGCCGCAAUGCUGAAAAGGCCGCCUCUACUGCCAACCUCCAACUCGCCGAGGCCAAUCGCAAACUUGAGACGGAACGCCAACUUCGCACUCAAGCCCAAGCUAACACUCGUCAAACUCAGGGCACUCUGGAUCGGGCGAACAGGGAGAUUGAGGACUUGCACCGCCAAUUGAUCCUCUUGCACAAGGUUUUCGAGCCCGAAGCUAGUGAGCCCACGCAAUCCUGGGAGGCAGUCCAGCCACACCUGUCGAAGCAGGUUGACUUGGCCAAAGUCCUUGAGACUGUUCAGAACAAGCUUGGCGUCACCGAAGAGAAGUACAUGAGAGCCGAAAGCCAGCUCGCUGAAAUGCGUCGACGCCACGCGGAUGAGAUGAGGGACCUCGACACCAAAUACUCAUCUUCCAAGCGUGCCUUGCUGGAGGAGAUCGACCAGAAUGAAGUAGCCAACACCCGAACCCCUGCUCACUUCAGGAAGAAUUCUGAAAACGCCCUCAAAAGAUUUUCCAAUCCCACCACGCCCAACCGGCGUUACAACGUCCACGAAGCGGCAAACGAUUCUGCACGCUCCGAUCGGACGGUUGAUACACAGGGCUACCAGAGGCGCAUGGAUACAGCCGCUGAACUGGAAGAGCUUCAGAAUAAGCUCCAGAUGACUGAGAUGCAGAACAAGCAUCUCCAGAGCCAGAUUGAACGAUCCACGCCCGGUCGUGAUAUCUGGCAGGAUGAGAGCCCUUCGGUCCGUCGUAUGCAGCUCCUCGAGCGUGAGAACGGUCGUCUCCAUGACCAGCUCGAUGACUCUUCCAAGAAGGUCUCGUCUUUGGAGCGCAGUAUUCGCUCUGGGGAGUUGUCACUUCGUGAUGUCCAGGCCAAAUCGCACGAAGAACUCUACGAUCUCAUCAACUCACAGGAGCAAUCUCGCCGCUCCCUCUUGAAAGUCCACAAUGACACUAUGGCUGAGUUUGGUGAUGCCAAGGCCCACUUCGAAAAGCUGAAGCGUGCUCGGGCAACACUGGAGGUUGAACUUCGUGAUGCCCGGUCUGAGGCCCAAGAAUUGCAAGUUGGCAGAGACCAAGAUGCUGUCAGCCGCAACCAGCUUCUUCAGGAGUUCUCGGAUCUACAGAUUCGUCUGGAUGCCGAGUCAUCCCGCUCAGCUGAUCUCGAGUCAAGCCUCAUGUUGUACAAGAGCCGCUCGGAUGAGUACUUCAACAAGCUUGAGCAGGCCGAGAUUGCUGUCAUGAAGGCUUCGCGUGCCGAGCAAUUUGCCAAGUCACAAAGCCAGGAGGCUGAAGAGACCUGUGCCCAGAUCAUGUCUGAGCGCAAGGAAAUGGAUGCUCUCGUUGAAGACUUGCAGCGGCAGGCGCAGUCCCUUGAGGCCCGGAUGGAAGACCAAGCUGCCGAGCUUCAAGGCGCCUUGCAGGCUAAGCAGCGUCUCCAGAAUGAGCUUGAGGAUUACAGAAACCAGCGAGCCAUCGAUCUCGAGGAUAAGGAGACAUCAAUGGAACAGACCAGACAAAAGUACCAGAGAGAGUUCUCUACCCUCAACAACGAACUCGAGAUGGAGCGUGAGCGUGUUCUCAAUGGCCGUGGAGAGACUGCUCGUCUCCGCGAGGAGCUGGAAGACCUCCGCAGCAAAUGGGAUAAUGAGGUUCUCAACAGCUCGACAUGGGCCAAGGAGAAAUCCCGCAUGGAUGUUGUUUUGCAGGAUGUUACCAACUCUCGUGACGAGGCUGUAAAUGCCCACAACGAAGCCCAGAGCAAGGUUGUUUCGCUCCUGUCUCAAGUCCGCACUCUUCGGACUUCGGUUGAGGAUAUUACUGCCGAGCGUGACUUGCUCUUGAAGGAUAAGAAGAUGCUCGAGGGUCGUCUGGCUGAAGCUGGCGAGCGACUCGAAGAUCUCGCCAGGGGCGAAAGCCCAUCCAUGCGCAACGCUGCAAGCAUGGACCGCGAACUGCUUGAGCUCAAAUCCAGAAUUGCGCAGCAGGAAGACGUCUCUGCCGCUGCUGUUGGCAAGAUGCGCCGCGCCGAUGCUUUGGCCACUGAAAUGCAGAAGGAAGUUACUGCUGAGCGGGAGGCCAAUGCCCAACUCUUUAAGGAGAAGGCGGCUCUCGAGAAGUCGCUGAAGGAGGCGCAACUCCGUUGUGUUGAUCUGGAAACCAAGAGCUACUCCUCUGGUAGCCAGGAUGUUCGCUUCUUGCACAAGCGAAUCAAGGAGCUGGAAACCCACCUCGAAGACCAGGAGAGCAAGCACAGUUCUGAGCAGCGCUCUCUUCGCAAUGUCGAUCGCACGGUCAAGGACCUUCAGUCUCAGAUCGACCGGCGCGACAAGAUGAAUGCCCAGCUCAACGACGACGUCAACAGAGCUCGGGACAAGAUCGAACGACUCCUCCGCAACAUCGAGGAACUCCAGCACAACGACUCAGACGCACAGCUACUGGCUCGUCGCGCUGAGCGGGAGCUCCGCGAGGAGCGUGAGAAGGCUCUACGGUUAGAGCGCGAGCUGGAUGGCUGGAAGGCCAUACGCGCUGAGCGAGGCAGCACCAUUGGCCGCAAUAUGACUUUCAGCGAAGCCGGCAGCCGUCGCGGUAGUGGUGUCUAUGGAUCUAAUGACAUCCCCCAACGGCAACCCAGCAACACCAAGGGGUUCUUGUGA